CAGGAGGUAAAUAGCUCUGUCCAGGAGGCCCGGGCCUCCUGUCAAAGUCCAGCGGAAAGCGUGAUCACGACCGACCAUGACUACUUACAGCGACAAAGGAGCGAAGGUUAGCAGGAGGGGAAUGUGGGGGCCAGGUCUAGAGCAGGCUUGGGAGACAAGAGACCAGGACGGCACCCAGAGCACAAGAGGACCCGAGAGGGGUCGGUUCCUCCACUUCCACUCCGUGACCUUCUGGGUGGGCAACGCCAAGCAGGCCGCCGCCUUCUACUGCAGCAAGAUGGGCUUCGAGCCCCUGGCCUACAGGGGCCUGGAGACGGGCUCGCGGGAGGUGGCGAGCCACGUGAUUAAGCAGGGCCAGAUUGUGUUUGUCCUCUCCUCACCACUGAACCCCUGGAACAGAGAGAUGGGCGAGCACCUGGCGAAGCACGGGGACAGCGUGAAGGACAUUGGCUUCGAGGUGGAAGACUGUGACUACAUCGUGCAGAAAGCCAGGGAAAGGGGCGCCAAGGUCGUGCGGGAGCCGUGGGUGGAGCAGGACAAGUUUGGGAAAGUGAAGUUCGCUGUGCUGCAGACGUACGGGGACACCACGCACACCCUGGUGGAGAAGGUGAACUACUCCGGCAGCUUCCUGCCCGGAUUCGAGGCCCCCAGAGCCAAGGACCCUCUACUCGCCAAGCUCCCCAGCUGCAGCCUGGAGAUGAUCGACCACAUUGUGGGAAACCAGCCAGAUCAGGAGAUGGUAUCUGCCUCGGAAUGGUACCUGAGGAGCCUGCAGUUCCACCGCUUCUGGUCCGUGGACGACACGCAGGUGCACACAGAGUACAGCUCCCUGCGCUCCAUCGUGGUCACCAACUACGAGGAGUCCAUCAAGAUGCCCAUUAACGAGCCGGCUCCAGGCAAGAAGAAGUCGCAGAUCCAGGAAUACGUGGACUAUAAUGGGGGCGCUGGAGUGCAGCACAUCGCUCUCGGGACCCAGGACAUCAUCACCUCGAUUCGCCACUUGCGUGAACGAGGAGUGGAGUUCUUGGCUGUACCAUCCACGUACUACAAGCAGCUUCGGGAGAACCUCAAAUCGGCCAAGGUCCAGGUGAAGGAGAGCAUCGACAUGCUGGAGGAGCUGAAGAUCCUGGUGGACUACGACGAGAAGGGCUACCUGCUGCAGAUCUUCACCAAGCCCGUGCAGGACCGGCCCACGCUCUUCCUGGAGGUCAUCCAGCGCCACAACCACCAGGGCUUCGGAGCCGGCAACUUCAACGCGCUGUUCAAGGCUUUCGAGGCGGAGCAGGACCUGAGGGGCAACCUCACCGACGUGGAGACCAAUGGAGUGGAGUCCGGCUUGUAGGCCCCGCCUACCCGGUCACGCUUACGCUACGGCCUCUCCCAUUGGCCACGCCCUCUUGUUGCCACGCCCCCGUGGUGGUCCUCACGCUAGCUCCACCCUUUCGAGUAAAGCGGCCUGGGAAAGAG